UGUCGGUUUGUCUGGACUGAUUACGCCCUCGCUAGAUGAGAUGAUUCAUGUUGCCAAGGAGAUGGAGAGACUGGGAAUGAAGUUACCAUUAUUGAUAGGGGGUGCCACAACCUCCAAAACCCACACAGCUGUCAAGAUAGCUCCUUGUUACUCUAACCCAGCUAUACAUGUUUUAGAUGCAUCAAAAAGUGUUGUGGUGGUUUCCUCAUUAUUACAAGAACUCGAAAAGCAAGAGUUUUUUGAGGAAAUUCAAGAGGAGUAUGAAGAGAUCCGUGAGGAUCAUUAUGAUUCUCUGAAAGACCGGCAUUUCUACACAAUUGACGAGGCAAGGGGAAAGCAGUUUAAGAUUGAUUGGACAAAUGCAGAUACCAAGCCAUUGAAACCAAUGUUUAUAGGUACUAAAGUCUUUAAAGACUAUGACAUUAUGCGUUUAGUAUCCUAUAUUGACUGGAAGCCUUUCUUCGAUGUUUGGCAGUUGCGAGGAAAAUAUCCAAAUAGAAGUUAUCCAAAAAUAUUCAAGGACAAAACCGUUGGUGAUGAAGCUCACAGAGUUUUCAAUGACGCACAAAAAAUGUUAAAGCGGAUCAUAAAAGAGAAACUCUUGAAAGCUACUGGUAUUGUUGGCUUCUACCCAGCGCAUAGCAUUGGCGAUGAUGUACAUGUGUUUACCGAUGAUGAAAUUCCAAGGCAACAGGAACCAAAAGCUGUGUUUUAUGGCCUUCGUCAGCAGGCUGAGAAGGAGUCGGGUCCAUACACAUGUCUGUCUGAUUUCAUCGCUCCAGCUAACACCGGUGUUGCAGAUUACAUUGGUGCAUUUGCAGUGUCUGUUGGAUUUGGUGCAGAGGAGAUGUGUCGUCAGUAUGAGCAGGAGUAUGAUGAUUACAGUAUCAUCAUGGCAAAGUCAUUGGCAGAUAGGCUAGCUGAGGCAUUUGCUGAAGAGCUUCAUGAGCGAGUUCGGAAGGAAUACUGGGGUUAUAGUUCAGAUGAGAUCCUUGAUGCCAAAGACUUACACAGCAUUAAAUAUACGGGUAUACGUCCAGCUCCUGGUUACCCAAGCCAACCAGACCAUACAGAAAAGCUGACCAUGUGGAAAUUAAUGAACAUAGAGAAGAGUACCGGUAUCAAACUCACUGAAUCCCUUGCCAUGAAUCCUGCUGCCUCGGUAUCCGGCUUGUACUUUUCUCAUCCACACUCCCACUAUUUCUCCGUUGGGAAAAUCGCAAAAGACCAGGUUGUGGAUUAUGCUUCUAGAAAAAGGAUGAAUAUUAAUGAGGUGGAGAAAUGGCUUCGACCAAUCCUAUCGUACGAUUCUUAGUCAUGUGGUGUACAUGUCUUUUACCAAAUAGGGUAAAUAGAAGAUAAGAUGAUUAUUAUAAUUAUUGUUGUUAGCUCUGAGAUAAGUUUAUAGGGUGCUAUAGCAAGCAUCUAUAUAUUAUUAUUAUUUUUAUUAUGAUUAUCAUUAUUUAAUAUUAUUCUCUCUUGUAUUUCCUCUUUCUGUAUCUAUUAUUCUACAUGUCUCUGGAAAGUACAAUAAUUUGGAAUUUUUGUUUAUAAUUUAAGUUGUUUUAUUCCUCAUUAUUUUAAUAAAUAAAAUAAAAAUUUAAAUGAUAAAUAUAAAUAGUAAAAAUACAAUAGUCAUAAUACCUCGAUAAAGCGAUUGCUAAUUCUUUCCAUAAAAAAAUAUAUUUUGUUUACUUGAUAAGAUUUUGUUAACAUAUAAUUUGUAAGUUUUAAGUUACUUUGUUUAUUACUAAUGAAGUCAAUGUGUAGCUUGGUAACUAAGAUUCUUGCAUUCCACACUUCAAAUUGGAUUGGAUUUCUUCAGUGUGAUACACCCCAAGGAUAGGAAAUCCAGUCCUACUCUGUGUAACAAUGUGAUUUCUAGUUAGCUGUUCAUUUGUAGUUCACAUUUUGCAUUUAAAGACACAUGCCUGUGUUAACUGCUUUUGGUGGGAUUAUGCCUUUAUUCUUUUAUAAAUCAUCUGCUUUCACCUAAGCAUGACCGAAAAAACGAACAUUCCUUGUGGCUUGAGGCAUCAUGUAUUUUCCUGCAGGAAUUUGUUGUUCUGAACCCUGACCACUGUUGGGUUAUAAGCUAUAGUGUGCAGAAGAAAAAUUGUAGUGGAUGAAUUUUACAAAGAUUUUCCAGGUUGGAAGAACGUAAUUGUUUACUGCAGGCCAGCACCUGAGCUGUACCUUAUGUGUGAGCACACAAUGUGAUAUUGGUGUCAUAAAGUGAAAUUAUCAAACACAUUUUAAAUAAUUAGUAGACUUUUUUUUAUUGAAAAUGGUGCAUUUUAAAUCCUAGUAAUAUUAAUAACAAUAUUAUUAUUAUUAAUUUAUUUAAUUAUAUAUAUAUAUAUAUAUAUCAAACAAAUUUUUAUGAAAAAGGUUAAGGUUGCACAAUUUGUGAAAAAUAGUAACAUUUUUGACUUCUGCUUAUCAUGUCUCAAAUUCUCUAAAUUAAGUACCAAGUGGAGUUAAAUAGCUUAAGAUGCUUGCCUUAAGUACCGAGUGGAGUUAAAUAGCUUAAGAUGCUUGCCUUAAGUACCAAGUAGAGUUGAAUAGCUUAAGAUGCUUGCCUUAAGUACCGAGUGGAGUUGAAUAGCUUAAGAUGUUUGCCUUAAGUACCGAGUGGAGUUAAAUACAGUAGCUUAGUGGUGAAGACAAUUGCCUUCCAAUCCCAGGGUUGUGGGUUCAAUUUCCGUGACAUUUUAAUAUUUAAUAUUUUGGACAAAAAUGAAAACAAGUUUGCCAGUCGGUACUUUAUUGUGUUUUAUCCUUGAAUAUUAUUUUUGUAUUUAGAAUAAAGAAAUCUCCUAAGUGUUAUUAUGAGAUAAUUAUUAAGCAUAACUUGACCCUGUUGGAGAACAGUAGACGUCUACUAAACAGGAUACAAAGUAUAGAAGAAAACAAAGUUGAGUGUGUGUGGGGGAGGAUGGGGAUGUGUGUGUGUCAAAAUAGCAAGCUGUGUGAUUGAUGGUUAAGAUGCUCACCUAUAAUCCUUUUGAUAAUUAAUAGGACCAUUCAGUGAAGAGAGGAAAAUUAUGAAUAUUUUAAAGUACUUGUAACAAAUUAUUUGUUUUCAUUUUCCUUGCAACAAUGGGCUUUCAAAACAAUGUACUGUAAUUGUAGCACAGUAGUUAAUUUUAUUAACAAAAUAAAAUAUGGGAAUUCUGUAAAACACCUAAUAGAAACCCAGUAUUCUAAUAGUAACCCACUGCAAAAUUUAAUUUAUAAUAAUGACCUACUACACUAGUAGUAAUCCAGUAGGGUACAAUUGAGAUGUCAGACUUCAUACAAGGUGAUAGGCCUACAAGUUUUUAGAUCAUUUAAAAUAAAGCAUGUAUGAGAUUGAAUUGUG